AUGACAGUGUUGAAAGAUAGUAGCACACCAGUUGCCCACUACGCCGCACCAGUUGCUGCUCACUAUGCCGCCGCCCCAAUUACUCAUUACGCUGCCGCUCCAGUAGCCCACUACGCCGCCCCAAUAGCCCACUACGCCGCCCCAGUAGCCCAAUAUGCCUCACCAAUCGUCAAAGCCGUCCACCAAGAAGUAUAUGCUGAUGCUCACCCACAAUAUUCCUACGAAUAUGGUGUCCAGGAUGCUCACACCGGUGAUGUCAAGAACCAACACGAAGAACGCGAUGGAGAUGUUGUAAAGGGAUACUACACUUUGGUUCAACCUGAUGGUGUCACCCGUACUGUCCACUAUUCUGCUGACUCCCACAGCGGAUUCAACGCCAACGUCGAAUACAAGGGAGAACCAAUCGUCCAAAAAGCCGUCGUUGCCAAAGCUUUCAUUCCAUCCAAGACAUUUGUCGCUGCUCCAGUAUACAAUGCUUACCAUCAUUAA